CUCUAGUCGACACGUUCUGUUUGCAAUCGGGGAUCCAAAAUAGUGUAACGGAUAACUCAGCCAUAUUGCCAGCACGGCCGAGCCGCGCGACUGAGGAGACACAUGCCAUGGCUUUGCUGAGGGUCGUGGCUCGCCUCGAUAGCACACCUCGAACGCAUGACUUGGCUUGACUGACAAUAUCGACCAAACAACGUGUUCUAGACUCUAGCCAAUCCGGCAUAGCUUUCAGCUCAGCCAAUACGGCACAGCUUUCAGCUCGUUCAAUAGCACAGUCGUUAGCUCAGUCAAUUCGGCAUAGCUUUCAGCUCUGUCCUAAUCGUCUGGAUGGUGAGUGGUUGAAGCCAACAAAGUACUUAGGCAGUGUCCAGCAUAAAGCCCGAGAUCCUUCUCCAAGGCGACUACUCUCUUCAGACCAUCUUUUUCUUGCAUUCAGCAUCGUGGCCAGUGCACACAACUCGCUUCUAAUCUUCACCCUCCUCGAAACAUCCACAAUGACGGGAAGCUACAGCAUCACCACCGUCAAUCGCAGUUCAGUUGCAUGGAAACGAUAUUACUGGACUGCACCAUCCGACCUUGCCUUCACUAUCAACACCCAACCCAACGACAAGCUAUUGGGUGGUAAUGGCCAGGAGAUCCUCGCAUGGGAUCAGGCGAUUAAGUUCCUCGGCGCCGGAGGCACGGAGGGCUACGCUGAUGGCCAAGUCAUCUGGCAGGCUCCAAAUGGCAAGUGCUUCGGCAUCCAGAUCCAUAUCCCUGUACAGCUGUUUGGCAUGGGGACGUCGCCCUACUACCAGGUCAAGACUGUGCAGGACGGCGGCUGGGAUGGUGAACACAGAUCAGAUCCCUACAACUUUACUAAGGAUAUUGGCUUCGAUGUUAC